AUGCACGUCUCGGUCCUAAUAGCACCGGGAGAAACCUGUGAAGGCCGCAACAGCUGCGUUUCCUGUUUCAAUGCUAGCACUGUUAAUAAUAAUACCUGCUUUUGGAUAGAAUGUAAAGAAGAUGAGAGCUACUGUUCACAUAAUUCAACAGUUAGUGGUUGUCAUGUGGUGAACAGGACAGAGUUCUGUUCUGUGCCCACUGCCACUCCGAUGCCAACCAAUUCUACAGCUAAAACCACAACUCUGCCUUCCCCUUCUACAACUUCUACAACCUCGGUUCCUACAACAGGUACACCAAACACCACUUUGACGCCAACCUCACAGCCUGUGCGGAAGUCUACCUUUGAUGCAGCCAGUUUCAUUGGAGGAAUUGUCCUUGUCUUGGGUGUGCAGGCUGUAAUUUUCUUUCUUUAUAAAUUCUGCAAAUCUAAAGAACGAAAUUACCACACUCUGUAAACAGACCCAUUCAGUUAACAAGGACUGGCGAUUCAUUCAUGGAACUCACGGAAACCAAAAUCACCCUUCCAGGAUGUCCCACUGGGAGACGCUAUUCCAGGAUCUUUAAAUUUCCAGAGGAUGCAAAUAGGAUAUUUGGGGGCCUCAUCCUUGAAGAAAAACCAGUUAAGUCAUUAUGUUCAACAGGAGUAUUUGAAAUAUUCUGCAUGAAUCCUUGUGGCUGUCUUCUUUUAUUUUAAAUGGCUGCUGCUGUGGGAUUGUGUUUUUUUUUUCUUGACAUGCCAAAUGUAACCUGUAAGUGAUAGAAAACGUUGUCUUGUACAGACAGCGUCAUGACGUUGGCAGUUUAAAUGUCAUUUUCAAGCCUGAAAGCUGCAUUAUUUUCAUCCAAACUCAAGAUGAAAUUUAGUGAACAGAGUUAAAACGAGUGUGCCAAAUGAGUAUUGAUCAGGUGGAUUUGGGACUAUUAUUUUAAAAAGAAUAAAUUUAUAAAUUUAGUAGUACUAAACUAUCCUUAGAGUAAAAUUUUCUGCUUAAUAACAGUUAUUUUUUUCUACAUUAGAAAUAAGAUGCCACACAGGGAAGUUACAUUCCAGAUUCAAAGAAAUUAAUGGAAAGGAUACAAAUCAUUAAUGUAUAACAGGUUAUUGUUCAUACUUGUAAAGCACCUUUUGUCAUGAGAAAAUAAAGAAUUGUGCCUUAAAAGACAGAGUGGAAGGUAGGCUGCAGCUGAGUGCUGUGAUUUGUUCUCUCACAAGAAGGAGCAUGGAUUGGUCUGAGGGUGUAAUGUUGAUGUGAGCAGUCGGAGAGCUGCUUUUUAGAGGUCAUACUGUUAAUAUUUAAUUGAAAAUUUAUCUACUUUAUUUCAGAGCUGAGAAGCUUAAUGCUAAAGAAUAUUAUACAAAAUUGAAAGCCUUCAUAUAUUGAACCUCCCAACAUUUUUCUUAUGGCUGUUGAAAAGUAUAGUGAUAAAAUCAAUUUAAUUAUAUUUGCCUUUGUACUUCAAAAAGAUAUCCUAACACUAUUGUACCUUGAAAAAAUUUCCACCCAGCUUUUUAAAAAAGUAACUUCUUUCAUGAGGCAAGAAGGACAUAAGUUGUUUUAGAAUCAUUUACUAUUUAAAUGAGACAAUCGUUUUACGUUUUCAAAUGUCAUAUGUGACCAAUGUAAUUUCAGAAAACCUAAGAAUUUUUGGUUGAUCAGAUUACUGUAGAUUUUGAAUGAUGAUUGCCCUGGAUAAAUAGACUGUGCUUUCUCUUUUUCUUUCUCCUCUCCCCAUUCUUGGUUUCAAUUCCUAUAGUAUAGUCAGCAUACAUACCUUUAUAGUUUUCUUUUAAAGCACUAGCUUUUUUUCAGUUUUAGAGGGUUGGUUCUUUCUUGCCUUUGACACAUUGGAUUACUUCAGAGGCUUUAAUUAGUUUACAGUGGGCUUUUUCUUUUCUAAGUCAUUAAAGUUUUUUUGUUUUACUUUCUUUAGUAUAUAUUUUAUAGUAGGAAGUGACAAAUUGCUUUGUUUCAUAAACUGAAACUCCUUGCAUUUAGAUAACGAUAUUAAAGGUUCUCAAAAUGAAGAUGUACUGUUUCUUUGUUACUUGCUGGUACAGCUCAAGUUUGUUUUACUUGCACAUUUGUACAUACACCUAAUGUUUUCAAGUGCCUUAAUUGUUUAAAAUCUCUGGCUUCAAAGGUUUUGGGGAAAAGGUAGGUUUACCUCACAUCUUUGUGUUUCCAUUAGUAGUAAUACUUUAGGUACCUCACAAAAUUUAUGGUGCCAUGGCUGUUAGUUUUUAGUGAGUGCUGUAAAGAUCAGUUGAAAAUACACUGAAUUUCCAUUUCUCCCCAGGUGGCAAAAAUUAGCUACAACUGUGUAAUUGUCAUUUACCUGGUAUGAAUUCCUUGCCACACAUUAACGUCAACACGUAGCAAAUUUUGUGAAAAUGUAAGUUGAUUUGAAGCUUCUGUAAUUUUGAGCACUGCUCUUAACAACAAAAGCAUAAUAUAAAAUUAGAUUUUGCAAGUCUACAGAUGAGCUCUUACAACAGAACUCACAGCCUUUUCACUCUUUCCCCCCUUCCUUUAACGAUGUAGUAUCUUGAGCCAUUAAUAAUUUUUGGGUUUUUUAAUCCAGAAGGUAUAUAGAAACCUUUUCAGAUUUUUCAUCUGAUUUGUUCAUGCAGAUGUACGUCUAUCAAAUACCUUAUUUUACCUUACAGAUAUUUGUUGCACAGGCAGACACUGCUGUAUUUAGAAAUUUCUAUUUCAGUUCAUUAAAAACUGCAAAACCAAUCUGUAUCACACACCAAACUGAUUUCAAAUAAAUCUACAUGUUUAUUGAA